UACCGCCGUUGAACGCAGCCUGGUAGAUUUGCCAGCCAGCUGAACUCUGACCAAAACAAACCGAGAGAAAACAUUUGACUGACUCUGAAACAGCUGACUUCUAAAUGCCGAGGGGAUUAAACAAGAGGUGUGGAUAGAGACUGCAUGUAGCGUUGGCUAGCUGUAGUGCUAACGCUAUCGUAGUGAAGCUACCGUUAGCCACCGGUCACGUAAUGCCAGGCGAGCCAACGGUAACUAGAAGUAGCGGCUGCUUCUUCUACUUUAAGCACAACACUUUGAAACGACCCUCUAAACAAACAGCUGCGUGGGCUAAACUAAAACACUGAUACUUCAUUUUCAACGCUGUUUUUUUUGUUGCUGCCUUGGAUCGACCACUCACGUCAGUAUGGGGAUGUGCCUUUCGUGCCUUUGCGGUGAAGCGGACGACGUCGUUAUCACUCCAGAUCCUGAAACAAGGAGACGGCAGUUAGCUGAGGCUGCUGAGAAGAGACAAAAGGAGACAACAUAUAGGGGUGUCAAAAAUCCAGAAGCGGUCGAGAGGAAAAGGAAGAAACAGGAAGAGACUGAGAAACAGGCGAUGAACAGUUCUUUAUCAGGUGGUGGUGGUUUAAAGUGGCAGAUGGGAUGAGUACACUGGUGGAAAAAUGUGAAGAAUUAAGUCUGAAGUCCAAAAACAACAUGGAGUUUUUCUGCAAGAUGACUUGAAAAGUGUCUGAACUGCGGUUCACUUUUCAACAAUGUUUCCCCUUGUUAGAGUUUUCCAGCGUCGUGUAAUCUGAUGUGAGGAAAUAACAGCAGGACUAACCUCCUUCUCGCUGAGUCACACAAAAUAUUUUGGAUCUUUGUACAAGUCGGAGAUAAUGUUUAUGCUUCACCACUACAUUACUCAUGUUAGUUUUUAUAACCAGUGAUUAAUAAUUACUUUAUAAUUGUCAAUGUCCACAUUACCUUUUGCAUGACUUCUAAAAUCCAUGUCACAAGUUGAACACAGUAAAUGUUUACAAAGAAAUUUUACUGUGCUCUUUGUCAUGAGUUAGUGUACAGUAAUAUUAAGCUUCCAGGUACCAUUCAUUUCACAUUAUGAAAUGCUCCAUUUGUUGGUAACACGACAUUUAGUACAAACAGUGUUGUAACAUGUGUUUACCAAACUUAUAAUUCACUUUCUAUAAUUGCUUUUCUCUAGAGUAUUUUCCUGACUGCUUAAUUUUACAUGUUACAUCACGUCAUUGAGCAUUCAGCUCAAAUGACACACCUGGCAAACAGCGCAGCAGCUACAAACAACACAACCUUCAGAUUUCAAAAGUGUAAAAUGGGGAAUACACCUUCAUUUACCUUGUGAGUGUGACCUAUUGCACUGGCAAUGUUGAUUGUCUUUUCAUACAGUCUUUGGUUUUUCUCUGAACAGUUUUGGUUUGUUGUUUUGAAUUAUAAUGCAUCUGAAAUACAUUACUGAUGUGUUGCUCAUUUCGUUAAAUUACAUUUCAAAUGCAUUUAUGAAUUGCCACAAGACAGAGAAGCUUCUAUUUUGUACACGGUUUGUCAGUCUUGACAAACAGGAAUUGAGCUUGCUAACUUUUAACAGUGGGAUAAAAUGAAUAUCAACUGAAAUGGAGACAUGAAGAAACUGAAGGAAAGAAUGUCUUAAUUAUUUAUGUUAUGAUUUUAUUUUAUUUUUUUGUUGUUAAACUUUGAAUUGCUUUAAGGAGAGCAUUACUGAUGGCCUUCACCUAACUCUAAUUGCUUCCAGUGCACACACACUCUCUGUUUUGUAGGUCAGGAAAGCCAAUGUUAUUUGCUACAAUAAAUCACAUUUCUGCUA